AUGUACGUGAGCUACCUAUUGGAUAAGGAGGUGCCCAUGUACUCCAGCUCCGUGCGCCACUCGGGGGGGCUCAACCUGGCGGCGCAGAACUUUGUCAGCGCCCCGCAAUAUCCGGACUACGGAGGAUACCAUGUGGCCGCGGCCGGGGUGAACCUGGACAGCGCCCAGUCCCCGGGCCCCUCGUGGCCCUCUCCCUACGGCGCUCCGCUGCGGGACGACUGGAACGGCUACGGGCAGGGGGGCCCUGCCACUGCGGCGGCCAGCGCGGUGCACGGGCUGAACGGCGGCUCCCCCGCCGCGGCCCUGGCUUACAGCCCGGCUGACUAUCACCACCACCACCACCACCCGGGCCCGGCGUCCCACGCCGCCUCCGGGGUCAUGCAGCAGCUCAACCCGGGCGCCCCGGCCGCAGAACAGCUCUCCCCUGGCGGCCAGCGGCGGAAUCUGUGCGAGUGGAUGAGGAAGCCGACACAGCCCGCCCUGGGCGGCCAGGUUAAAACCAGGACAAAAGAUAAGUACCGCGUGGUGUACACGGACCACCAGCGGCUGGAACUGGAGAAGGAGUUUCAUUACAGCCGGUAUAUAACAAUCAGGAGGAAAGCAGAACUGGCUGCUACGCUGGGAUUGUCAGAGAGACAGGUAAAAAUCUGGUUCCAGAACAGGCGAGCGAAAGAAAGAAAGAUCAACAAGAAGAAAUUGCAGCAAUCUCAGCCCGGCGCGGUGCACAGCGGCUCGCAAGCGCUGAGCCCGGUCUCCUCCCUCCAGGGAUCAACGGGUCCUGGCCCAGCUGGGGGUGUCCUAGGAGCCGCUGGGGUCUUAGCGCCAUCAGUGACCCAGUGA